CUAAUAUUUGACAAGUCAUCUGAACUGUCACUUGUCAAAACAAACACACGUCAAAAAUGUGAGGUUAGACAUGGAACAUUUCUUGAAUUUAGGCCGCGAUUUGGUGAGACUUUCUGGCUCUGCAACGUGGGGCAUCUGGCGUGGGUUUAAUGUGAUGGCUUCCAACAACAAAAACAUGAAAAUGGUAAAGAAAAUCGGCACCCAUAACGGUAUGUUUCAUUGUGACGAAGCACUCGCUUGCUUCAUGUUAAAACAGUUACCAGAAUAUAGUGAUGCAGAUAUUGUUAGGAGCCGAGACCCUAAGGUUUUGAAUGAGUGUGACAUUGUAGUAGAUGUGGGAGCAACAUAUGACCCAUUAAAGAAAAAAUUCGACCACCACCAAAGAGAGUUCACCGAAACCUUAAACUCGGUGCGGCCGGACCUCACCAGAAACAAAUUCAACACAAUCAGGUUGAGUUCGGCCGGCUUAGUUUAUGCUCAUUACGGUUUAGAAGUGUUAUCUUCCACUUUAGAAAAGAAUAAACUUUUGGCCACCCAGGAUUGUCUUCGAGCCUUAUUUUUACACAUAUAUGAAGGUUUGGUGGAAGAAUUAGAUGCUAUAGACAAUGGAAUCCCUAUGUAUACCGAAGGGAAACCUUUGUAUCGGAUUAAUACACAUUUAGGGGCGAGAGUGCAUAGGUUAAACCCUGCAUGGAAUGACCCUAAUCCUGAGAGUGAUGAUGUUUUGUUUGAGAAAGCGAUGAGGUUGGUUGGGGGUGAGUUUGUGGAGAGAGUUUUGGAGGGUUUUAAUUCGUGGUGGCCUGCAAGGGAAAUCGUAAAACGUAGCAUAGAAAACCGCAAAAGCCUCCACGAUUCUGGGGAAAUUAUGCUGCUAACUGAUAGAUGUUCAUGGAAGGAUCAUUUGUACGCCUUAGAGGAGGAAUUAAAGAUCGAGGGUGAAAUUAAGUUUUGCGUGUUUCACGAUCGCGGUGGCGACAGUUGGAGGGUCCAGGGGAUUCCCUUGCAACCUGACAGUUUUAUUUGCCGGGUGUUUCUGCAUAAGGAUUGGUGGGGGGUGCGGGACGAGGAGUUGAGCAACAUUUCCAAGGUGGAAGACGCGAUAUUUUGCCACGCCUCUGGUUUUAUCGGUGGGGCCAGAAGUAAGGAGGGAGCGUUGCAAAUGGCUCUGGCCAGUUUGAAAGCCAAGUCCAGUGGAUAAAGUGUGACUUUAAUGUAACAUUAUUGGAAAAAUAAGUUUUAACGUGUCUUUAUUAAAAUUUCCUUUAUAAAG